AUGUUCGAAACAGUCCUUAUUGUGGCCAUUGCAGCUAGAAGUGUCGACUUUGUAGAAGCAUUGUUGGAUGCCCAGGUCGUUGCGCAGUUCAGUUCAGCAAAAUGGUCGAUGGUAGCAUUGACCUCCGCGGCGGAGUGGUCCCAACUUGACGUCUUCAAGAAGAUUCUCAAGAUCUCUGCUCCUCUAUCCCUUGACGAUGCACACACCGUGCUUGGUCUAACAAUCCAAUACAAGGGACACUCACAGCUUGCCAUCGCAUUGGCAUUCAUCGAGUAUUUGGAUGAACACGGCACCAUAAAAGAAGUAGUCAAUUAUCGAGAACCCUCUGCCUGCGCCCCAUUCUGCGAUAAAAAACACGAUCACUUCUUUUAUCCAACCCAGUUCUGGAAUGCCGUGGAUGAAAGAGCAUACGAUAUUGCAAACAUACUUGCUUCAUAUGAGGAUACCGAGGCUGAUGGGUUGCCUACCACGCUGUUCCAUGUCAUCAAAACUCUCAAAGCAAAUAUGCUGAGCCAGCUACAUUUUCUCUUCAAUCUCGGCCCGCAGCACAGCAAGUAUGUCUGUGACCCGGUGAGGGGUGUCAACGCUCUUCACGUCGUGGUGGAAUCGUCCGGUUCAUCCGUGCUCAAAACAGUCCUCGAAUGGUUCGCCGAGAUGGGGGAGGACAUUAAUGCACCAGACAAGAAUGGUGCCACAGCACUACACUUUGGGGCAUUCUGCCCGAGUCUCGACGCCGUAGAGCUGCUGAUCCGGUAUGGCGCAGAUCCGGGUGUCAUCGACUCGAGGGGCCUUACCGCAUACGACAUGGCUCUUGGUCUUGCCCGCUAUGCCGCAACUCAAAUGUCGGAGUUCACGGGCCAGGGAGUCACCAGCGUGGUAACGAUGAGGGAGCGACGGCCUCGAGAAACUGACGAGCGCAGAGCAACUGUGGAAUUCACUCGCCAAAUGUGUGGAAUCUUUGUUCAACUGAGCAAACCUGGAAGCCAAUGGCGGCCAGAGGAUGCAGUUGGACUCGUCGAGGAUCCACCGCCGCCUGAUGGCGUUGUAAAGGGGCUAGUUCCGAUCUCUGCGAGUAUUCUCUUCAGCGAGUGCAAGGAGUACGAGGCGGAGAACGUACCUCUUCAAGCUUGGGCUCGUCUUGAGGAAGGUAAGGUGGGAUUCUGCGUGAACAUCAGACUGCUCGAUGAGUUCACGCGAGACCAGCUUAUGUUCGUCGCGAUGGAGACCCUGCAUGGGCGGGACGGAUCGAUUUGCCAGGAAUUCACGAUGUCGCCAUAUCUUUACCGCAACGAAAUCUAUCCGGUUAGACAUUAG